AUACUGCACCCGCCAAUUCAACUCCUUCGAACCCAACAUCUCGUUGGAUCCCUGAUAACGAUCAAGGACAGUUCAGAAUACCUCACUGGAAUCCUCCACACGGAUAUUCAUAUCUUGAUGAAUUGAUGUCAACCAAACCCAAUGCCCGUCCAGCCGCCAUGGCUAUAUCACGGCUAUCACGAACAUAUCAUACAUACCCCUUUCGAGUUUCGACUUUCUACCUCAUGUCAUGCCCCCCUUUUUUUUUAUCAUCCCAGCACUAUCUUUAUCACUUACUACUGUCAUGUCAUUAUACCCACUCAUGUCUACUUUCUACUAUCUUUCCUACUUUUUUCUUCUUUACUGUAUAUAUAUCACUUCAUUCUUGCAUGUGUCAGUGCGAAUACCCAUUUCUCACGACCGAAGAAUAAUUCAAAGAUCGAACUUUAUGCCAUUUCUGAUAACUCGAAAGUAAUCGUAGUGAUGCUGGUUUUUGUUUCAUGUAAAUUGUUUCAUUGUUU